AGUACUUAUUUUAUAUAACUAAAAUAUUAACUAAAUCAAAGUAUACAGAAAAGUAAAACAAAUUACGUACACGUCACGUCUGGAAACCUUGCUGUAACUUUAAAUAAUAAAACAUCAUCUGUAAUUAAUUGAAUUAUUGUGAAACAUAAGUAAUCACUUAUCAUCACGGCGGGUCGAAGUAGUAUGCGGCGGGCUCGGGAUGGCUACCAGUAUCAGCCCAUACCAAGGGCUGCUACAGACGAUGUGUUUGAACACGAAAAUGAAAGAAUGGCAGAAGAGCUGAGUGGAAAAAUCACGACACUUAAACAUAUGUCAAUAGAAAUUGGAAACGAGGUGCGAAUACAAGAUAAAAUAUUACGAGGGAUAGAUGAUGAUGUUGAUAGAAGUUCAGGAUUUCUCGGUAAAACUAUGGGUAGAGUUCUCAAAUUGGGCAAAGGAAAUCAUAACUACUACAUAUUUUAUUUAUUCCUCUUUUCAAUCUUUGUAUUUUUCUUACUUUAUAUUAUAUUAAAGUUUAGGUGAUAUGCAUUUUAAGGUUGAUACUUUUAUGUUAUGUGAUAAUUUCUCAGCAAAUUUUUUAAGGUUUUGUAAAUAGUAAUAUUUAUAUAAUUUGAUGUUGGAACAUAAAAAAAAUUAUAAUAGUAAGUAACCAUAUGUUUUGUUUAUAUUUAUUGUAACUAUAUUUAAACAAAAUAAAUAAAAUC